AGUACCUCGCGUUCUGUUUCCUUCCCCCCCCCUCGUUCCAUGAUCGGCGGAUGACGUUUGUCCUCUUCCCGCCGCCGUACUCUCGGCCCCGCCCACUUUUGCCCUCGACCGUGGCAGAACGGCUGCAGCAGCAGCGGCGCGUGGCCGGGGUGUGCGUGCGCGCGUGUGCCUGCCCGUCAGGGGCCAGCUAAGGAAGCCGAGAAGGGAAACGCACGCCGACGGCGGGCGCGCGGCCACCCGCCCAUCCCCCCCCACCCUUUCUCCUCCAUUCACCUCAAGCCGCCUUCUCUCUCCACUUCGCCUUCCCUCAGCCAUGUUGGCCGCCGCUCAGCUCCUCCGCGCCCGUUGUGCCGCGCUGUCUCUCCGCGGCCUCGCCCCGAGGGCCUUCGCCGCAGCAGCAUUGCCUGUACGUUGCUAUUCUCAUGGGUCCCAAGAGUCAGAUGAAGAGUUCGAUGCUCGCUGGGUGACAUAUUUCAAUAAACCAGAUAUCGAUGCCUGGGAGCUAAAAAAAGGUGUAAACACCCUGGUUACCUAUGACCUGGUUCCAGAACCAAAAAUUAUCGACGCUGCUUUAAGGGCUUGCAGACGACUAAACGACUUUGCUAGCGCCAUCCGUAUCUUAGAAGUUGUGAAGGACAAAGCAGGGCCCCACAAAGAUAUCUACCCCUACGUUAUCCAGGAACUUAGACCAACUUUGAACGAACUGGGAAUCUCAACUCCAGAAGAACUCGGACUGGACAAAGUGUAAACGUUUUCAGAUGAGCUUCCCAUGGGUUUAUUGUUCACGCUACCUGAUUGUACAACAAUUGUCUGGAGACAGAUGUUAUAAUAUUACUUCUUUGAAAUAAAUUCUUCCUGUUAAUGAGUCCUGGAAUAUGUGUGGUGACACUGGGCCUAAUAAAGGGAAAACCUGGUUUGAACUGA